ACGGAAUUGUCGCAGACAAGGUCGGAAGGGAACGGAAAGAGGACGCCUCGGCCAUCCAAAGCAGCUGCAUGCACAGAGAGAGAUUGCAGUUUACAACUUGUUGGGAGUUCCGGAUACAAUGGGGUCGCCUUCGCCCCAUCCUUCUAACGAAGCAGCAGAUGUUACUGCUCCUCCCGCCCUGAACGCCUGCAGCGAUGAUGUGCUGGACAGCAUUCUGGCCCGGAUUCUGCAAAGUGUGGACGGAAGCGAUGCCGGGGGGAGCGUGAGGUGGCGCUUCCUGGCUGAGCCAGUGAGGAGAGCCCUAAGGCAAUUGGACAGAAGGAAGAAGCUGGAGAUGCUCUUCACUCUAGACGCACUCUGGCAGGACUUGCUGACUGCAUUGCCACAAGAAGUCCAAGCGCUGGCAGACUGCGGGUUUUUCAGAAUGCUGUGCCUGAACCUGCAUGACGCCAACCCUGUGGCAUUUGCAUGCGUUGUUGAAGGCCUGAGCCACUGCAUCAGGAUUCUUCCAGAGCUAGUUUUGAAGGCGUGGGAGUAUGGGGCGGUCAGGCCAAUAGCUGCCUUUAUUUUAGACCACAAGGCGCUGGCCGAAACACAGACGCUCAUUCUGGACUUACGGCUGCAGCACGCUCUCUACUUUUUGGCAAGCAUGGGAGGCCCGCUGACAGCUCCAGGGUGCUCAGAGGAAGCACAGAAGACGAGCAAAAAGUGCUUCAACUGGUUCCUCAAGCAGGGCGUGAUAAGCAGAGUGGCGGAGAUCUGGGUGGCCCUUCCAAAGGCGGGUGUGGAACUAGAAAGAGAUGGAAACUACAUCGUCAUAGUGUACAGAGCCGCAGUUACGCUGAUGUUUGCAUCCCACUUUGCACUUCUGGCGAAAGGCCUACUUUGCGAUUGGGACAGGCUGACAGAUUGUGACGAGCCUGUGGCCCCGGGGGUGAACGAUUACCGUCACCUGAUCGUGGGCGUGUGUACCUGCCUCCUACUCAGCAACUGGCUGCAAGUGUCGACCGGCCCCGAGCCUGAGGUCCAAGAGAGGGGAAAGAAGGAGAUUGCUGAGCACCCAGACAUUCUGACGGUCCUCCGGAUUUUGCGGCGGCUGGUCGAGAGUCCAGACCCCCUGAUCGCUCGGAACGGGAAGCUCAGCUUUGUCGCCCUCGUCCGCCUCCUCAUGUGCGACCACCCGCGGCCGCUGCCCGACGGGUCUGUCGAGACGGCGUUCCGCUUCUUAGGAGAUCCGUCUAUCAAACACUGCUGGGGCAAUUGGAUGUUCGCGAUGGCGCAGAGUUUUUGCGCGGGCACCCUCACGGCUGACUUUCUCGCCCACUUCUUCCCCGGCUUCCUGCACGGCUUCGCUGCUGAGGCUCACCGUCGAAAGCCGGCUCGUGUGUACGACCCGGAUCUAUAG